GCACUUUACACAUCUGCCUAUUCGUUAGCAAACAGUUUGGGACCAGAUCAUAAGAAGUUGGCGUCGAUGGACGUUGAAUUGGGCGCAAACGAACAGAAUGAACUCAAUAAAAAAUUGAGUCGCGAGAAUUCGUUUCCGAUUCCGAUUGCGUUGUCGAUGCUUGUGCUCUGGAUCGGUGUUUCGGCGGGCCUCUUCUGUUUGUGGGAAACUGAAUGGGGCUAUUUAACAUCAGUUUAUUUUUUCUUUGUUUCUAUAAGCACAGUUGGUUUGGGUGAUAUAGUGCCAGGGAAUAAAGACAUGAUGCUGGUGAAUUUUGUUCUCAUUUUGAUUGGUUUGGCCUUAUUAUCGAUGUGCAUUAAUCUUAUUCAGGUAAUCAUUUCAUUGCUCACGUUCUCAGAAGAAUUCAGCAAAAUAUCUCACUAA